AUCAAAUUGUUAAAAAGCUAAUGUCAAAAAAAUGAAACAAAAAAAAAACAUUCAAGUGUUGGUGAUAGCGCUUGUACAAUAGCAUCAGCAAUUUGUGUUCCUGAACUACUUCUACAUUAGGGACGCAUUUACUUCAUAUGCAUCGAAAUUUUGUCGAAAAUCAUUGAUCUAAUCAUGUUGUUUUACUUAAUGCAUUUCAACAAUAUGAAAGAGAAAAGUAUUUUUUUAUGGAAAAAAAAUUUUAUUUCAUCAAAGAACUUGUUUUUUUUUAGAAAUUGUAAUAGUGAACGUGGUGAAAUGGACUAUUGUGAGCGUAAAUGUCUUAAUUUAUCAACAAUGCGAAUGACUUAUGAAGCACGAAAUCAACUUCGUGAUAUAAUGUUAAUGUCAGGUUUUCCUGAAGAAUGUUUAUUAUCUAAAUGA